AUGACUGCUCUCCGGAACCCAAAGGGAACAGCCAUUGCAUCGAGAAGGGGGAUGGAGAAAAUCAUCUACGACUUCUACUCUGAUCUCUUCGACAGCCAUGUCCACUUGCCUCCUCACCAUCUGAGAGAAGAUGGACAAGUCAUUCCAGAGGUUCUCCCGUCCGAAAUACGACAUGCUAUCAUGUCGGUAAGAAAUCGUACGGCACCCGGUCCCGACAGAAUAAGACCAGAACACCUGAAGAGCCUUCCGCCAGUACUCAUCAACACCCUGGCGAGGCUCUUUACACGUUAUCUGUCGGAAUGCAAGGUUCCUAAACAGUGGAAGACCAGCAAGACCGUGUUGUUGUAUAAAAAGGGAGAUCCACAUGACAUCGGCAACUAUCGCCCAAUCUGCCUACUGUCCGUCAUCUACAAGCUUUUUACAAGAGUGAUCCUCAAUAGGAUUGAAAAAGUUCUGGAUGAAGGACAGCCAUGCGAGCAAGCAGGGUUUCGAAAAGGAUUCAGCACGAUUGACCACAUUCACACUGUUUCGAAACUCAUCGAGGUAUCACGAGAGUACAAGAUGCCGCUCUGUCUCACCUUCAUCGACUUGAAGAAGGCCUUCGACUCAGUUGAGACGGAAGCGGUCGUGAGAGCCUUGGACAACCAAGGCGUCCUACUCAGUACAUAA